UGAAUACAAGCUCACAAAAGUAUAGUAAUUAGGAUACUUCCAAUUCCAAACGGGCCCUUAUAGUCUCUCUCAAUCUCGCCGCAAAAUCCUCUCUCUCUCUAAAUCUGCAGAUUGUGAAGAUUUUUGUCUCAUUUUUUCCAUCUGGUGAUCAGGGUUUUCUGAUAUACACCCGUGAAAUGUAUAUUUUCUUCACUCUCAUAGACUGAGUUUGCCGUGCCAGUCACUUAUAUAUACAUACAUACGCCAUAUGUAUAUCAUACACAAUCACACCAUUUUUAAGGAAAUGCACAACAAUUAGCAGCUGCAUCUGCGCCACCAAAGUAGGAAGAUGUUGGGUUUUUUGCUCAGGAAAGAUGUCAGGAAAAUUCUCAAACGCAAGGAUAGUGACGCCGGUGAAAAAGGUAGAGCCCUGGAGGAAUUACGGGCAUCUAUGUUUAGCAGAUUCCGGUCAGUCAGUGGGUCCAAGCGGCAACAGCAAUCUCUCUGGGCGCCCACUAUUGCCCUUACAUUCAAUUUUUUGGUUUCUGUUAGUAUUAUCUUGAUGAACAAACUGGUACUCGUCAACACUGGGUUUAAUUAUCCAAUAUUCUUGACUUUUAUUCACUAUGUAUGUAGUUGGUUGAUAAUGGCAAUCCUAAAAGCUCUCUCGAUUCUUUCUCUAUCCCCUCCUUCCAAGUCGACCAAAUAUUCCACUUUGCUGUCUCUUGGUAUAGUUAUGUCGCUCUCCACUGGUCUUGCAAAUGUUAGCUUGAAAUAUAAUAGUGUGGGAUUUUAUCAGAUGGCUAAGAUCGCAGUGACGCCGGCUAUUGUUCUGGCUGAGUUUAUUUUGUUCCGGAAAAGAAUCUCGAGGCAAAAGGUGCUUGCACUUACUAUAGUAUCAGUUGGUGUUGCUGUAGCUACGGUAACCGAUCUCCAGUUUCAUUUUUUUGGCGCUUGCAUAGCCUUAGCAUGGAUUGUACCGAGUGCAGUAAAUAAAAUAUUGUGGUCUAAUCUUCAACAACAAGACAACUGGAACGCCCUGGCGCUAAUGUGGAAGACAACACCUAUUACUUUGUUCUUCCUGGUGAUGUUAAUGCCAUCACUGGACCCUCCAGGUGUGCUUUCGUUCAACUGGAACCGCUAUAACUGUGCAACUAUUGGCGGUUCUGCUAUUCUUGGCUUCUUGCUUCAAUGGUCCGGUGCUCUAGCUCUCGGGCUGUGUAUUCGGGCAGUAUUGAAGAAUCAUGCCUGAUCUCCAACUGUUCUGAAAAGUCGAGCGAAACCAUGUAUCUUAAACUAGUCCUCAUUUUGUAAUAGGGCGACCUCUGCAACCACGCAUGCUGUUCUUGGACAGUUCAAGACUUGUGUGAUCCUUCUAGGUGGCUUUGUUCUCUUCGGUUCGAAUCCUGGGCUGACGAGCAUCUGUGGAGCUGCGACUGCUCUCAUUGGCAUGUCCCUGUACACGUAUCUCAACUUGAAGUCGCAGCAGCAAUCCACGCUGCCACUAUCAAAAUCUAAGCUAAGCAAAGAAAACAGUCAUGAGAUCCAUAUGGAGGUGGUGGAGAACUCCCCUAAUCUGCAGCUGGUGGAGCAGAGACCAUAACUCAUCUCUGGAUAGCCUCAGUACUAAUUCCGGCCUUUCGACUUCCAAUUUCUCGGCGGCCCCAUGGUGUUGUGGAGCUCAACCUUUCACGAAUCUGAUGAUUGCUACUCUCUUACAUCUGUAAGUUUGCUUCAGCUGAUCUCUGUAUAUUGCCUGCAGUUUUGAGGUCUAUUACGAAACCUUAACUAUAUGGAGGCUCCCUCUUUUUCUUUUUUUUGGGCCAAUUUAUUUAUUGUUUUUAUGUAAUAGAAAAACAAAUCUAGAUGCUCUUGUAAAAUCAUUAGACUUGCUCAGUCACUAAUGAGAAUAGUUACAUUUUUUUCA